CAGGUCUCCUCUUCCAGUGAACCGGAUGCUCCGUCAGUUUCCUCCUCGGCGUCCUCCGGUGCUUCCCGGCUCCCUGGCAAGGCCGCAGGCAUCCACGGGGGGACGGUUAGGGGGCUCCCGGCGGCUGGCCUGGCAGGUGUAGGGCGCCGGUAGGAGCUGGGCGCACACGGUUACCGAGCGUGGAGGAGACACGUCCCUGCGGCGAUGGGUGCCAGGGGCGCUCCUUCACGCCGGAGGCAGGCGGGGCGGCGACCGCGGUAUCUGCCCACCGGGAGCUUUCCCUUUCUCCUCCUCCUGCUGCUUCUCUGCAUCCAGCUCGGUGGAGGACAGAAGAAAAAGGAGAAUCUUUUAGCUGAGAAAGUAGAACAGCUGAUGGAAUGGAGCUCCAGGCGCUCAAUCUUCCGAAUGAAUGGUGACAAAUUCCGAAAAUUUAUAAAGACACCACCUCGAAACUAUUCUAUGAUUGUUAUGUUCACUGCUCUUCAACCUCAGCGGCAGUGUUCUGUGUGCAGGCAAGCUAACGAAGAAUAUCAAAUACUGGCUAACUCCUGGCGCUAUUCCUCUGCUUUUUGUAACAAACUCUUCUUCAGUAUGGUGGACUACGAUGAGGGAACAGAUGUUUUUCAGCAGCUCAACAUGAACUCUGCUCCUACAUUUAUGCAUUUUCCUCCAAAAGGCAGGCCCAAGAGAGCUGAUACUUUUGACCUUCAAAGAAUUGGAUUUGCAGCUGAGCAACUAGCAAAGUGGAUUGCUGACAGAACGGAUGUUCAUAUUCGUGUCUUCAGACCACCCAACUACUCUGGCACCAUUGCUUUGGCCUUGUUAGUGUCACUUGUGGGUGGUUUGCUCUAUUUAAGAAGGAACAACUUGGAGUUCAUCUAUAACAAGACUGGUUGGGCCAUGGUAUCUCUGUGUAUAGUCUUUGCUAUGACUUCUGGCCAGAUGUGGAAUCAUAUCCGUGGACCACCAUAUGCUCAUAAAAACCCACACAAUGGACAAGUGAGCUACAUCCAUGGGAGCAGCCAGGCUCAAUUCGUGGCAGAGUCACACAUUAUUCUGCUACUAAAUGCUGCUAUCACCAUGGGGAUGGUUCUUCUAAAUGAAGCGGCAACAUCCAAAGGCGAUGUUGGAAAAAGACGGAUCAUUUGUCUAGUGGGAUUAGGCCUGGUGGUCUUCUUCUUCAGUUUUCUACUUUCAAUAUUUCGUUCCAAGUACCACGGCUACCCUUACAGUGAUCUGGACUUUGAGUGAGAAGAUGUGAUUUGGACCAUGGCACUUUAAAACUGUAACCUCAGGCAAGUCUUUUCAUCUUCUCGGAGCCUCAGUUUUCCUCAUCUUUCGGAUAACACCCAUAAUAUUUAUCUCAUAAGUAAGACAAGUUGUGGCCAACUAUUGUUUUACAAAUGCAAGGUAACUUAGACUAUGAGAGCUCGUAUCAGCCUUACGCUGUUGUACUUAGCUGCUACAGGGCCAAGCCCUCAGACAGAAAUUUCCAGCCAUAGACUUUGACCCAUGGAAUUAACCACUGACAAACACAGUGUGUUUUUUUAAACAAUAAUAUUCAUAUGCAUGUGUAUGCCCACCACUUCAAACAAAAUAUAAUUCUGUUUGGUUUCUUCUGUUUUAUUACUUGAGGGAGGAAAGCAGAACAAUUGACAGAAAUAUGUUUAAUUCUGCUGAGGAAAAGUAUAGUCAAAUGCCUUUUCCCACUAGCAAACAAUAUAAGCCUUAAUAUCCAGAAUAAUAAAAUACAAGUCUUCUAAACGUGUACUGAUUUUUUAAUCAAUAUUUGAUAAUUCAGAAAGAGAUACUAGGAACCCGUAUAUAAAUCCAAAGUAAUUUUUAUAGAAAACUCAGAGUCCAGGCUUUUUGAUCUUGCACUGCAGUCCCUCAAACCUCAGAACACACGGUCUGAGCAGAGACGCACACAGCAAAGGAAGCUCUAGAGGGUUAUUUCCAUUGUGCGAACACAACUUUCUUACACCAGCAGAAACUCCGCCAUUCAGCAGCCCCCAAAAGGAGGGAAAGAGUAGGAAGCUCCUGUGAUCUACAAGUUCUGUUGUUCACCUGUCCCCCAACCUUACCCCACAUACUAGCUUUAUUGGUCUUUUCCCCCCAGACCUAGCAUCCACGUCUCUGACCACACCUAGUUAUAAUAACAAUAAUGUUAUCCAGACUUUUCCAAAGUGCUCCGCUCUGUAGGCUGUAGAGGAGAGGCCUCAGCAGUCGUUAAACUUGACAGCUCUCACCGUGUGUAACUGUAGGUAUAUCAAUAGAAAGGU